AUGUCUUCUGCGGAGGUCACGGCCUUCGUCGCCAGCGAGCUGCGUAAACUCCUGCAGGAGGAGCUUAGGCAAUGGAAAACGCAACAUUUAAAAGCCCCCGACACGAUCCCGCUCGCAUCUGCUUUUCUUGUUAAUGAUCGAUCCUUUAUGGUUGAAAAGGAGUCAUCGCACGAACCUCAUUUGAGCUCGUGUAGGGAUCUCAUCAAAGCGGAUUCAGAGCGGUUCACUAGAGAGGGGUGGCAGCUCCCACAAUCAUCUAACGAGAGUCGGCAUCUUGAGCAGAAUUGUAGUAUUCCAAAUCACCCGCGCAGGAUCUUAUCGGAAUCGCUGCAAUAUCACGAAGAAGGAUGGCUAAAUGGCGUUUAUUAUGGAUACCCUUCCUUGCAAUCUCCAUGCCCUUCCAUAAUGCCUGCACCUACAAGUGUGCUUAACGAUAGCAAACCUCUUGUGGAGAUUAACCACAGCUUUGUUAACGAAAGGCCAAACAACUACCUAGACCCCUUUGGCAAUUUUAGGGAUAAAAUAUGGAAGGAAGCGCCUGAGGAGAUUACGUCAGCCUUCACACCUUCAUUAAGGGCAUUGGGGAAUGACAAAGGGGGGCGGUUCCUUAAGAACGAUAAUACUCUAUCACCGGCGGUGCGUCCAGUUGAUGGGUUUCAGCAUUCAUCGCCGAUCCCAACAGACCCCACUUAUGAUAAAAGAAAAGAUAAUUUUUCUUGCCUAACACCUCUGCCUAAACCACAGAAAAUGAAUCCCUUAGGCAUUGAUAUAAUAAAUCGUGACAAUAGUAUAAUUCCUCCAUUAAAUCUCACCCCCUCAAAGACAUUUGGAGGGAAUCAAACUUCACGACAUCGUUUGAUUUUACAACGCGCGGCCAACAACCUUGCUGAACAUGUGCUUUUCUCCUUGAAUGGUGGGGAUAACAUAACGGUAAUUCUGGCAUUAUUUUCAUUUUCUCCCGAAAUGACUCCUGAAGGAUUAGAGGAGUUUUUAUAUCAGUGA